AUGCUCAUGCUCUCGGAAUGUGAGAAAGUCCUGGGUGAUGGCCUUCUUCGAUUACCAGCUCAACACAACUACCGAUACACACCACAGGCAGAGAGAGAUCUUCUAGAGCUGCUCUUCCGAUCGCUCGUGGGACACAAUGAGGAGUUGAUACACCACCUUUUUCCCGACGGUGUGCCCGCCGGAGCAUGGAAACUUGCUGAAGCUCAAGGGGCUCGAGAAGGAGCUGAAUAUACCGAGGCAGCGCGAGGCAAACGAUGCGGUCACAUCUUCCGCGCUGGAGAAGCUACCUAUAGAUGCAUAACCUGCGCCGCGGACGAGACUUGCGUGUUGUGCAGUAGAUGCUUUGAUGCAUCCGACCACACGGGACACCAGUACCAGAUCUCACUUUCAUCCGGUAACUGUGGUUGCUGUGAUUGCGGGGACGAUGAGGCCUGGCGGCUGCCGCUCUUUUGUGCCAUUCAUACCGAUAGUGGUAAUGUCAAAGGCAAAGAGCGCGCUCAGCGACAGCUGCCCGCGGACUUGGUAUCUUCCAUUCGUCUUACCAUUUCACGCGUGCUAGAUUACUUCUGUGAUGUUAUCUCUUGUUCACCGGAACAGUUACGUCUGCCCAAGACCGUUGAAGGCAUCAAACAGGACGAAGAGGCAUCGCGACUGUGCCCUGACUGGUCAGAGGCGGGCGACCAAGCAGAGGAGGAGCCCGAAUUUGCCCUCUUGCUGUGGAACGACGAGAAACAUACCAUCAGAGAUGUAGCCCAUCAAGUGAGCCGUGCCUGUCGUGAACGGGAUAGCUUCGGUGUUGCCCGGGCCCACGAGACGAACGAUAUGGGUCGAAGUGUCAUAAAGCACUCCAAAGACCUACAGAGAUUGCUUGCCGUAUCGAAGAUCAUCGAGGAGAUCAAGGUCACAGUCACAAUUCGAUCUGCACGCGACACAUUCAGAGAGCAAAUGUGUGCCACACUAGUUGAAUGGCUGGCGGAUAUUGCGGGUUGUAGUAUUCUCGAGGAUAAUGAAAUCUUCCGCCAACUUAUCUGCGAAGAGCUCCUUGUUCCCUGGCGGAAAGGCAGUGGAGCUUAUAAUGCAGACAUCGGCAUGAAGGGCAUUGACGAUCAUGAAAGGGCAGAUCACCUGGGUGGCCGCACCUUCAUGCUUAGCCUUCCCACAAAUGGCAAUAUGAUUCUGCGAACCGACGAUGACGACGAUGAAGAUGAAGAGGAUGAAGAUGUUGUUGAUGAGACAAAUGAGGCCGACGAGGAUGAGGAUUAUGGGGAAGCUCAUGACGAUGCCGACGACGAAGAUGAUGACAUGGACAUGGAACUCACCCGCCUGCAAGCUGAGGCUGAUGGGGACGGUGACCAGGACAUGGAAAUGGACAUGGGCGCUGCAGGAGACGAGUUCGGACCAGACGAACUUGCUAUAGCACACCGUAUUCUAGCAGGAUUGACUGGCAUGCAACCACCACCACCACGGCCCGUUGCCGAAGACACAGAGGAAGAAGAGCAGACCCAACAGGAGCGGUCAAAUUCGACUGAUGCAGAUAAUCAGACAUCUGAUCCCAACAGCUUUGUUUCCAUCCCACGAACCCCUUCAGGUGUGGUCAGACCACAACCGGGAAGGACAGCAGGGCACUGGCAAGUUCGGCCUCCUCUUCCGGCUGCUGGUGAAAAGGUCGCAGCGUAUGAGGAUCUGUGGCAGCGGACUCGUUUGGACUGGCUGAUUCUGUUUGACUUGAGAUUGUGGAAGAAGACCCGCACUGAUCUGCGGGAUCUCUACAUCAGCACCGUUGUGAAUGUGCCCCAGUUCAAGCGCAUCAUGGGUCUUCGCUUGUCUGCUCUCUACACGGCACUCGCUCAGCUUUAUCUGGUUGCGGAUCGUGAACCAGAUCACUCCAUUGUCAACCUCACAUUGCAACUUUUGACCACCCCCUCCAUCACUGAAGAGAUCGUGCUUCGUGGAAAUUUCCUCACCAAGGUGAUGUCUAUUCUCUAUACAUUCUUGACAACGAGACAGGUUGGAGAGCCGCAUGCUGUCAAUCCAAAUGCUGUUUUGGCAUUUGACGCAGGCUCUGUGACCAAUAGACGACUGUACCACUUCUUCCUUGAUCUUCGCUACCUCCUCCAAUCUGAGUACGUCCAGUAUCGUGUGCGGACGGAAGAGCAAUAUUUGCCUCAGUUCUUGGAUCUUGUGAAGCUCUCUCAGGGCAUCUGCCCGAAUGUCCGCGCUGUUGGUGAGCACGUCGAGUAUGAAACAGACGCUUGGAUUAGUGCUUCAAUUCUUAUGCGCGAGAUCAACCGGCUCUGCCGACAGUUCUGCGAGGCAUUCAGGAACCCUGAAACUGAUAACGGCGAAAACCUUCUGCGGGCAAUCAAGACCACAACAGUCACCACAAUCAUACAUUCUGCAGGCGUGGAGCGAAAGCGCUUCAAGCAAGCCGAGAUUAAUGACGAGGUUCGAUUCAAGACACUCAAUCCCUUUGACUUUGAGGUUGGCUCCUCUGGUCAGAUCCCAUGCCACCGCGUGGUUGAGUUUGUCGUUGAAAAAGGUUCAAUCAGUUUCCAUCAUGCUCUUCACUACACCUUGUCGUGGCUUAUUGAAUGCGGCCGUGAUGUAAGCAGCGAUGUUUUGCGUAAGGUUCUCUUCGAUGCUGCCCAGGAUGCUAGGAAUGCACUCCAUGAUGCCAAGGCAGCUGAUGAUGAGAACGUGGAUGAUGCUCUCUUGGCUCUCGGACCCGAGGAUUUACUUUUGAUCAUGUUUGAUUACCCUCUGAGAGUUUGUGCUUGGCUCGCACAGAUGAAAGCUGGAAUGUGGGUCCGCAAUGGUCUUAGUCUUCGACACCAGAUGUCCCAGUACCGUGGAGUUUCCUCCCGCGAUUUCGCCUACUACCGGGAUAUUUUCCUUCUCCAGACUGCCCUGGUGACAUGUGACCCGAGCAGGGUUCUUGCUUCUAUCGCGCAUCGAUUCGGGGUGGUUGACUGGAUGGCUCGCAACUACAUGCCUCGUACUGGCUAUGAAGAUUCUCAGGUUGUCGAUGUCGCAGAAGAGUUUGUUCACCUGUUGGUCAUUUUGCUGACCGAUCGCACCUCAUUGACGGCCAUUAAUGACGGCACCCAUAUGAGCAAGGAGAAUAUUAGCCGAGACAUUGCCCACGUUUUGUGCUUCAAGCCACUCUCAUUUUCCGAUCUCUCAACUCGCCUGAGCGAUAAAUUGCUUGACUCGGACGAGUUCCAAGAUGUGCUGGAGGAGGUUGCCAGCUUCCGUCCUCCCGAAGGUUUGAGUGACUCUGGAACAUUUGAGUUGAAGCCCGAAUACCUUGAUCUUGUAGAUCCUUACAGUGCACACUAUACUAAAAACCAGCGAGAUGAGGCAGAGAAUAUAUACAGGGAGUGGAUGGCAAAGAAGACUGGCAAGAAGGCUGCUGAUAUUGUCUACGAGCCGAAGCUUCGAACCAUCAGCUCUGGUGUUUUCUCCGAUCUACCAGGUUUCACUGGAACGAUGCUGUUUUCCCAGCUUGUGCACCAGUGCCUCGAGUAUGUUAUUUUCUUUAAGGAGUGUACUCCAUCAAUCCCGCCUACUCGCGUGGAGACUUUCCUUCAGGUGAUCCUGCAUCUCAUUCUUGCUGCAGUGUUGGAAGAUGAGACUCAAGAUGACAGCAUGGAGUCCGAGCAAGAGAAGUCUUUUAACCUGCAUGCUCUUUCUAAAUCCAGAGAGAUCAAGGCUGGUAAUUUGACAAUUGUUGGUCUUCUGGAGAGAAUCUCGGUGACAAAUGAGUUCACUUCAUGUGGGCCUAAGAUUCGCCAUAUCCUCAAGCGCCUGUGGCAAAAGCGUCCUCGGACCUACACAUCUGCGACUGCAUCUCUCAAAUUCCCAUUCGAUCGUAUCGAUACAAACUCACCUGCGAUUGACCUUGACAGCGAAAAGGAACUCAAGAAAAAGCAAGCCACGGAAAGACAGGCGCGAGUGAUGGCACAAUUCCAGCAGCAGCAACAGAACUUCCUGAAUAGCCAAGGGGAUAUUGACUGGGGGGAGGAGGAUUUUAGUGACUUGGGCUCCGAGACCGAAGCUGCACCCGAAACGAAAGUUUGGAAAUACCCUAGUGGAACCUGUAUUCUGUGUCAGGAGGAGACCAACGAUUCGAGACUCUACGGUACUUUCGCCUUGCUGCAGGAUAGUACUAUUCUGCGACAGACCGACAUCAGGGAUCCUGAUCGAAUACGCGAGGCAAUCAGAACACCGUGCAGCUUAGACAGAUCUGCCGAGGAGAUCCGCCCCUUUGGUGUUGCUGGAGAAAACCGAACAACAAUUCGGCGGCUGGAUUCAUCUGGUGGUGAAGUCAUUAGCGAAAAGAUUGGUCUCAGCAAGGGUUUCAACCCCAAGAGCACAUUACGUGGACCUGUGACAACUGGCUGUGGACAUAUCAUGCAUUAUUCUUGUUUUGAGGUCUACUAUGCAGCCACACACAGACGGCAUAGCCAGCAAAUCGCCCGGAACCACCCUGAAAACACCGGGCUAAAGGAGUUCGUUUGUCCGUUGUGCAAGGCCCUUGGCAAUGCAUUCCUGCCGAUUACCUGGAAGGGCAAGGAGGAGUCUUACCCUGGUGCAUUGACCACGUCCUCUUCUUUCGAGGAUUGGAUGAACACAGGCCUUAAGAAUUCGUUGAACCAGUCGCAGAAUUUCUCUGUUCUUAUGGUUGAGAAGGACAAGGGAUACCCGCAGUCUUACACUGAUCUGUUUGUCGACUACCUCUCAAAAUCGCUGGUUCCUCCACUGGCAUCCAAGGUCGGUCAGUUAAUAGUGCCUUCUUCAAUUCCGUCCAUUACCCAAACAGUGCCUGGACAGUUCAUUUCAAACAACGUGCGGAUUGAUAUCCCUGGCUUGUUCCCUAGCUCGGAAGAAAUCCCCCCAUCAAGUCCACUGCAGCAAGUGUCCAAUCCAUUGCAUAGUCCCAUGACCGAACUACUUCAAAUCUACAAGCGUCUGAAGAAGACUAUCAAGAUGAAUCACAUCAACUCGAUAUUCAACAACAGCCCUGAUACUAUCAACAAUGACGAUCUGGUUCAUACUGACUCUUUGAUCCGAAGCUUUGGUUUCAGUAUUUCUGCGGUCGAGAUUGCUCAACGUGGUGUCGAGUCAGAACCUGGUUCUACCCUUCUGGACAAGAUUCCACCGUUGACGCUGACACAUCUUCGCGUUCUGGCGGAGACAGCGCUUACAUAUGCCGCUGUUGGUAUUGUCUCUUCGCGAAAUAACACGAAGAGUCGUCCGGCUCAAGAAUUCCAGGAGAUGCAUCGGCAGAAAAUCUGUCAGUUGCUCGUCGGCCAUCCUUGCCUGAGCGGCACGCCACUGCUGAAUGAUGUUCGGAAUAUCGAGCCUCUGCUUGCCAAGGAUACAUUUGUCUUCCUCGCAGAAUGCUCGCUCUCCCUGUUGCCGGUCCUCAACAUUGAUAUGCGCCACCUGAUCCAGAUGUGCUAUGUGGCUGAGAUUGUCAAAGUCGCUGUUACAUUCAUCCUUUGGCCCCUUGGACUGAAAGAAGAGCUUUCCAGCCAUGGAGAGAGUGACUUUACAGAGGAUGACCUUUCAACCGCCCGGUACGACGUGACGAAGCACUUCUUUGACUCGAUCGUCUCUGAGCUCAGAGCAAACUCCGUUGGACGCGCCGAAGGCUCCUCUUGGCCCGCAGCCAGCGGUUACGUUAAGGAUGGGGAAGAAUCCGCAACUCCGGGUGUAAUACUUACCCUGCGUCGCCUCAUAUCAAGCUAUGCCCUUACCUUCCUUCGUAAGGCCGUUAUUCUUUUGAAUGUUCAGCACGGUGUCGAUUUCCCCAACACCGGCUUCACCGAUGUUGCCUCGUCAGAGCUGGACAGACUCACCAAGGCCCUGCAUCUGCCUUCCCUCGAUGAGAUCUUGAUGACCAUUAACCCUGCACGGACAAGCAGCAGUUCUUUUGACGCUAUCAUUUCUGGAUGGAUCUUUCACUGGAACGCAUCGCGCUCGGGUAUUCGCUUCGAGGAUCACCGCCUGUGGCCCAGUCUUCCACACCCAGUCAUCUUCGAACUGGUCGGUCUGCCGAAGUACUUCGACAGCCUGAUCGAAGAGGCGAACCGUCGCCGCUGCCCCAGUUCCAAGAAGGAACUCAGCGAUCCAAGCAUCUGUCUCUUCUGCGGUGACAUCUUCUGCUCCCAGGCAGUAUGCUGCAUGCACAACAAGCUGGGCGGAUGCAACCAACAUGUCCAAAAAUGUGGCAAAAACAUUGGCCUAUUUAUAAACAUUCGCAAGUGCACAGUCCUCUACCUUCAUAACCAAAAUGGAUCCUGGCACUACGCCCCCUAUCUCGACCGCCACGGCGAGGUAGACCCCGGCCUCAGACGCAACCGCCAGCUGAUCCUGAACCAAAAGCGUUACGACCGGCUCUUGCGUGACGUGUGGUUGUCUCACUCCAUUCCUGCUACAAUCAGCCGCAAACUAGAGUCGGAGAUCAACAAUGGUGGAUGGGAAACGAUUUAA